AUGAUAGAUGAUCUGAAGUAUGGUGAAAGUCUGGGUUCCAGUGACCAUGUGUCCAUAGUCUUUGACUAUGUGUGUUAUGUGAAUCAGCCCAUAAACACCGAGCAUACAAAACGCAGACAUUUCUACAAGGGCGAUUAUUCUGCCAUCCGGGAAGAGAUUCGAGAGAUUGACUGGGAUGAAUUGGAACAAAUAACGGAUGUGAAUGACACUUGGUGUAGUCUUAUAGAUCUUCUCACAACAAUUAUUGAACAACAUAUACCAUUACAUAAGACCAACACCAACAAAAAAUCUAAUUUGAACCAACAAGCCCGUCAGUCAAUUAAGAACAAACACCAGACAUGGCAAAAAUAUCUUCAUUGCAAUACGCCUGAAAAUUGGAACCAGUACAAAGAGGCUAGGAACUUGGCCACCAAAAACAUCAGGAAAUCUGAAUAUACGUUUGAAAAAGAUUUAGCUGAAAAAAUAGCAACAGACCCCAAGCUCUUUUGGAAACAUGUUAGAUCUAAAACAAAAACAAAUUCGUCCAUUCAACAAGUCAAAAGACCUAAUGGAGAGCUCACAAAGAACAACAUUGAGACUGCAAAUAUCAUGGUAGAGUUCUUCUCCAGUGUAUUUGUUGCAGAUAACAAUAUAGCGCAUCCAGAUCUCCGGGUUAGAAGAUAUACAACACCCUUGGAAACAGUAGAAUUCACAAGUGACGAAAUUCUAAAGGCAAUAAAAAGAUUAAAGCCAAACAAAGUCGCAGGGCAAAUUUAUUGCUGA